AUGGAUCAAACUGCAUCCUCUGAUGCUGCUGCUCUCCAAGUUUUAAAUGAAUUUCGAACACAUCUGAUAGCUGAAGGAGCGAUUCUUCCCUCUAAAGAACUCACUGUGGAUACCUUCGAUGAGCUGGAAGUGUUGAGGUUUCUUCCCAUGAUCGUCACCUACAUGCAAUCCGAUGCCUUAUCAUCCAUGGAGCAGGACGCGUUUGAACAUAUCUACGGCAGUAUCUGGGAGCUAAUUGUCGAGGAAUCACAACGACAUCGAGGACAACCGCGAAAUCCCAUUCUUGCCGCUCUAUUAUCUUCACCCAAACUACGACAGCCCCAGCAAGAGAAUCCAUCCUCCAAACUCAACAACAACAUUGAGCACACCGUCAUCCCGCAAGAUAUCAAAGCAAAGGCUCAAAAUUCCAUCUCGCAGGAAGCUCCAUCCCAACGUGUUCUACACAAAGCUGCAGCGAUCGUGCAGAAAUAUUAUCUACGCCAAGCAAAGCAUAAGUCCAUCCCCAAGCGUAAAACUCCACAAGCUCGUCGUACCCAACGACUACGGAGCGCCAAUGUGCACACAAAACAACUGUUCCCAGAUUCGAUCCGUGUGACGAUCGAACUUCCGCGCUACAAACGCUCGAUAGCCACGCCGAAGCAACCAACCACUACCAUCACCGAGGAUGAGGAGGAAGAUCCAGAAAUGGAGGCAAAAAUCUUGGCCGCCAUACAGGCACAGAUUGGCAAUCCCAGUCUUGAGGAGGAGGACGACGAAGAGGAAGAUGAGGAGGAAGGACCUGCUCAGCAGGAGGAAGAUUCGUCCGAGUACUUGGACGAUGAGGCCGACUAUAUGGGCAUCCUUGGCGACGAUGACGACGAUGAUGAUGACGAUGAUGAUGACGAUGAAGAUGAGGAGGAAGAAGCGACUAACAAUGAGGCUGCUGCUGCUGGCAGGCGUGCGCUAUUUAAAACGAAUGUACACGACUACGAGAAUCCUUCCUUUAAUGAGCUGCUGCUGUUGGCCGCUCGUCAUCGGGCCAUUCAGCAGCAGCGACUGCAACAGCGCCAGCAUCUCGCUUACCGGAAAUCGCAAUCGAAUCGACACAGUAGCUAUGAGGAUUACUAA